UACGGAAAUAAAUCUUACUUAAUCAUACGUUAGAUACCCACCUGCCCAUGUCUUAUGAUGUGCCUAAACCGGCAGACCGGGUAGGGUACAUACAUACGAGGUAGUACAUGCUCAUGUACGAAAUGUAUGCAUCUCCCUUCUCCGCGAAUCGGCAAAAUGUGGGGGACCAGGUACCACCUAACGGCAAGCUAUGAUUGGUGAAUUCCCCUCAUCUUUGAAUUUUUGCCUUUGGUAUCCAUACGACCCUGCGUAAUACGGCAACCACCACGCAAAACGUGUAAUGUGUAGGUAAUGCGGUAUAUGAGGUAGGAGGUACCUCCCGGAAUUCUCCAACAAAACAUCGGCAUUGUGGCAUCAUUUUCGUCAGUUAUUUAAACUUCAAGCCCGUCCCAUUACGCAAAACGUUCCUCAGCCCCGGGACCCAUCUUAAGGUUAGCCGAAUCGCCUCGUCUUUGAGUUUUGUCCCUAAGCUUUUCUUGUUUUUUGCUUCUCCUUUUUUCCCCUCGGCUUUCUAACCCUUAGUCUUAGCUUCUACCCUAAUAGCCACGCCGUCAUUCCCGACGUCCGUGCCGUACCUUAUUCGUUCACCUAUAAAUCGUAUGCGCCGAGAGUCUCAUAUUCACCAUGAGCGCAACCUUUUCAUCCGCGGCCCGUUGCAUUCGGCCGUCCGUCUUUUACAGAUCGGCGAGGCCGUUUAUUAGAUCGUCCCCAAUCACAGUUAAACCGGUAGUGCCGGUGGCGCUUUUCCACCAAACCAGAUUGAACAUGGCUGCCCAGAAGAUCAAGGUUAAGAAUCCCGUCGUGGAGCUCGAUGGUGAUGAGAUGACAAGGGUUAUCUGGAAGGUCAUCAAAGAUAAAUUCAUCUUCCCUUAUCUUGAUAUCGAUAUAAAGUACUACGACUUAGGAUUGGAGUACCGUGACGAGACCAACGACCAAGUCACCCUUGACGCUGCCGAGGCCAUUAAGAAGUACUCGGUUGGUAUCAAGUGCGCCACCAUCACCCCCGACGAGGCCCGUGUGAAGGAAUUCAACCUAAAGCAGAUGUGGCUUUCCCCUAACGGUACGAUUCGCAACGCUCUCGGUGGUACCGUCUUCCGCGAGCCUAUUGUCAUCCCCCGUAUCCCGCGAUUAGUGCAAGGAUGGAAGAAACCCAUCAUCAUCGGUCGUCACGCCUUCGGCGACCAGUACCGAGCUAAGGACAAAGUCAUCCCGGGUCCCGGUAAAUUGAGCAUGGUAUAUACCCCCGAGGGUGGUGAGCCCGAGGAGAUUGAGGUCUUCCAGUUCAAGGAGGGCGGCGGUGUCGCACAGACACAGUACAACACUACUGAGAGCAUCAGGGGUUUCGCGCAUGCCAGCUUCAAGCUAGCUCUUGACAAGGUUUUACCCCUGUACAUGAGCACCAAGAACACCAUCCUUAAGAAGUACGACGGCAGGUUCAGGGAUAUCUUCCAGGAGCUGUACGAGACUGAGUACAAGAAGGAAUUCGAGGCCAAGGGAAUUUGGUACGAGCACCGUCUGAUUGAUGACAUGGUCGCUCAAAUGAUCAAGAGUACCGGCGGUUACAUCAUGGCGCUAAAGAACUACGACGGCGAUGUCCAAUCCGAUAUUGUGGCCCAGGGUUUCGGCUCUCUUGGUCUUAUGACUUCGGUCCUCAUCACCCCCGACGGCAACACGUUCGAAUCCGAAGCUGCGCACGGCACGGUCACACGACACUACCGCGAAUACCAGAAAGGUCGUGAGACCUCGACAAACCCGAUCGCCAGCAUUUUCGCGUGGACCCGAGGUCUUUCGCAGCGCGGAAAGCUAGACGACACCCCUGAAUUGAUGGCCUACGCAGAAAGCCUCGAGAAGGCGUGCGUUGACACCGUUGACAUUGACGGCAUCAUGACCAAGGACUUGGCGCUCGCAUGCGGCAAGACGGCCCGCGAGGAUCACGUUACUACGAGCGAAUACUUGGACGCGGUUGAGAAGCGCUUGAAGAACAUCCUCAAGGAGAAGAACCUAUAAAUGAGAGAGAAAAGGGGGGGAACGUUCGAAGAAAUAAGUAAAAGGUGGACAGAUAUAAUCAGACAAUCUAGACAAGUUCUGGGUUCUGGGGAAGACCCGAGCGACGCGGGGAAGUGCGGACAGACACGGCCCCAUACUUUCCUCUCAGGGGGAAAAGCUUCCCUACCUUGGAGAGAUAUAAGAUGACUCUGCAUAUGGUCGGUCCCCCUUAGCUCUGGUGCUCCUGGGUAAUGAUUGUUCAAGAUGGGGCGAAUUAGACACCUAGGUAAGGUACAUAUGUAAAUAGCAUGCUGGCAUUUUCUGCGUGAAAUAGGAAGAAGCAUUGGGACAAGAUAAUUGAUCGGUUUUAAAUGCUGCCCUAACUCCUUUUGUGUUUGCGUAAGAUUCGCACAUUGACUCUUACCCGGCUUUUGCAAUUAAAAAGUGGAACAUCAUAUAUAUUAAUUAACUAAUGAAAUGUUCAAAGUUACCUCACAUAUCAC